UCAACCUCACUGCAAUCUUGCUUCUCUCUCACCCCACUUCAGUGCAAAUUGAAAACCAAAAAAAUGCAAAACGCACACCCUCAUUAAGACCCUCCUCCUCUUUCAUUGUUUGUGCAUCUUCUUUGUCUCAAUGAUGAUGCAACCUCUCAAUGCUACAGCACACGCAUUUAUUGCACACUUCAUCAGCUUGAAACUCGCUGAUCAUACUUGCAAGCAAGCCCCCAUCCAAUAGCAAUGCCACCUCAAAUCAACUUUUUAGCAUCUCCAAGUCCUUCACUAUUUAUUUAUGCUCUCAUUGCAUUGAGUGCCUCAAGUGUGCCUUUGGGGUGAUUCUGUAGUGUUGGAAAUAUAAAAGAGGAGUGUGGACUUUAAAAGGGUACUCUAUAAGUUUGUUGCUUGUGAUAUUUGUACUUUGUUCAUGUGCUGUGGUGUGUGUUGUUGUUGAGAGAGUUUGAGAAAGAAUAAUGGGAAGAACACCAUGUUGUGACAAGAAGGGUUUGAAGAAAGGACCUUGGACAGCUGAAGAGGAUGAAAUUCUUUCUAGUUAUAUCAAGAAAAAUGGUGGUCAUGGAAGCUGGCGUUCUCUUCCAAGGAUGGCAGGUCUUCUUCGUUGUGGCAAGAGUUGCAGGCUUAGGUGGACAAACUAUCUGAGACCAGACAUUAAGCGUGGUCCCUUUACUCUUGAGGAAGAAAAACUAGUCAUACAGCUUCAUGGCAUCCUAGGAAAUAGGUGGGCUGCAAUAGCCUCUCAGUUACCAGGGAGAACAGACAAUGAGAUAAAGAACUUAUGGAACACCCACUUGAAGAAGCGUCUCAAAAGCAUGGGGCUUGACCCCAAAACUCAUGAACCAUUGGCCUCAUCAACUUACCCUUUUCACAAGGCACCUGCAUCUGUCUCCACACGCCACAUGGCUCAGUGGGAGAGUGCUAGGCUCGAAGCCGAGGCCAGACUCUCGAACGAGUCGUCAAGGUUCAGCCACAACACCACCAACAAUUCCAACUCUGAUAACAACAAAACCACUGAUUCUGACUACUUUCUCCGCAUUUGGAACUCUGAAGUUGGAGAGGCAUUUCGCAAUGUUCAUCAUCACAAAGCUGAUGAUGACAACAACAACAACAAAAUCACUACUAAUACUCCUACUAGUUCCUGCCACAGUCCUCUUUCUACAGGGUCAUCUUCCAACAAGUGUGAGUCAAUUGCUACAAAUGCAGACUUGGCUUCUAAUGCACCAGAAAUUAUCACACCCUCUAGCAUUGUGAAACAAGAGUUUGAGUGGGGGACUCGUGGUUCCGACUCGUCAAGCUCUAAUGACAUGGAAGACUCAUCAGACACUGCUUUGCAGCUCUUGUUGGAUUUUCCUAUAAACAAUGACAUGAGCUUCUUGGAAGGAAACUCUUUUGUGUGUCCACUUUAGUGCAUGUGGAAGCAUGAGUGAUAUUUUGUGUCAUGCAGCUUUUUGUGUUGGUGUUUUGUAAUAUUGCUAUCUAUAUAAGCAGUUGAAGAAGUAGGAGAAUGACAUGACUUGGACUUUGGCUGAAUAUGGUCAUCAUUAAUCAGCAUAGGUGUGGCAUCCAUCAGUGUGGAUUUUUUUA